AUGGCCGGUGGAUUUUUGGGAACCUCUGUGGAUGUUUUGGAAAUGGGGUUUGGAGUUCAAUCCUGUGUGGUCUUCCUGCUUCUCAGGGCUCUCUUCACCACCUCUAGCCACACAAACCAAGUUGUGCUGCUUGAUACCACGUCUGUGCUGGGAGAGCUUGGAUGGAAAACAUACCCAUUAAAUGGGUGGGAUGCCAUCACUGAAAUGGACGAACACAACCGGCCCAUCCACACCUUCCAGGUGUGUCAUGUAAUGGAGCCCAACCAGAACAACUGGCUGCGGUCCAACUGGAUCUCCCGUGAGGCGGCCCAGAAGAUCUAUGUGGAGAUGCGGUUCACCUUGCGGGACUGCAACAGUAUCCCCUGGGUCCUGGGCACUUGCAAGGAGACAUUCAACCUCUACUACAUGGAGACCAAUGAGUCCCACGGUAUCAAGUUUAAACCUGCCCAGUACACAAAGAUAGACACUAUCGCAGCCGAUGAGAGCUUCACUCAGAUGGACCUGGGCGACCGCAUCCUCAAGCUCAACACUGAGGUGCGUGAGGUGGGGCCCAUCACUAAGAAAGGGUUCUACCUGGCCUUCCAGGAUAUCGGUGCCUGCAUAGCCCUGGUGUCAGUUCGCGUUUACUACAAAAAGUGCCCUUUCACCUUCCGAAACCUGGCCGUGUUUCCUGAUACAAUUCCCAGGGUAGAUUCCUCCUCGCUGGUGGAAGUGCGGGGUGCUUGCGUGAAGAAUGCUGAAGAGAGGGACAUCCCUAAGCUGUACUGUGGGGCAGAUGGAGACUGGCUUGUUCCGCUUGGCCGCUGUGUCUGCAGUAUUGGAUUCGAGGAGGUGGAUGGCUCUUGUCACGCUUGUCGACAUGGAUUCUUCAAAGCAUUUGCAGGAAACAUCAGGUGUUCCAAAUGCCCUCCUCACAGCUUCACCUACGAUGCAGGCUCUCCGAUCUGCAACUGUGAAAAUGGGUACUUCAGGGCAGAGAAGGACCCGCCUACCAUGUCAUGCACAAGGCCACCUUCUCCUCCCCAGAAUGUCAUUUUCAACAUCAACGAGAGCUCACUGUUUCUAGAGUGGAGCCCUCCCAGUGACAUGGGAGGCAGGAAGGAUCUUACCUACAAUGUGAUUUGUAAGAAGUGUGGGGCUGAGCCCAGGGACUGUGAGCUGUGUGGAGAAGGCAUGCGCUUCAUCCCCCGACAUGUGGGCCUGACCAACUCCUCGGUGACUGUACUGGACUUCGUAGCUCAUGCCAACUACACCUUCGAGAUUGAGUCGUUGAACGCUGUCUCCGAGUUCAGCUCAUUCCCUAGGCCUGUGACAGCCAUCACCAUUACUACUGACCAAGCUGGUGAGUAA